AUGCGCCAGACAGAAAAGCCAGAUGCAGCAUACAACCAUGCCAAAGGAGUGUCGCUGGAUAUUGGGCCAAGUCCGUACCUGCUUCCCCCGGGCCUCCAGGGAUCCAGGGAGUCUCUCCACUCUCUUUCAAGGACUAUCGGCGUGGCGGAUGACAAAUACCGCUCUGCUACGUAUGCCCCAGGUGACAGUGUAUCAGUCAGGUCGCAUCAAAGGGCCUUGCACGACGACGCCUCGAGCUUCGCAGGCUCGACUGGAAAAGGUGCCCUGGGCGAAGAUAUGAAUCAGGGCCUGCUUCGAAACGCCCAGAGAAUGUCCCGCUCAUCUCCGCCGUUAUACAAUUCCCCCCCUGCCGAUCAUGGCACAAUUGGUAAUCAUCCGGAACACGACCUUGGCUUCCAGUUGGACCUACCAAGAAGUCCAAGCCCCGUCCUCAUCCCCGGUGCUCCAACAAUCAAUGAGCCAAUGGACAUUGCAGGCGGUGCCAAGAAUACAACUGCCACUGGCUCAAGCUAUGAGAACACCAACGCACAGACAACCUCAAACAACGAAUCCGCUGGCUCGCAUUCAGGCGAUCUUGAGAUCAAUGGUGCGCUGAAGCCUUCUGUUCCAGCUGUGAAUAUCCAUGGAGUUGCGGAUACCCCGGGAUUCGACCCCUCAGCCUCGAAUGCACCUUCUGAGGACGUGGCCCGCUCUCAGCGUCUCAGCGUGGACCCUCGCCGAGAGACUCGCCGGAUGACCCUCGGCCUUCGUCCAUUGCCUCCGGAGGACCCCUCGGACAACCCCGAACAGCGCGCCAAUCGGAUCCGGUCUUUCUACAAGGAAUAUUUCGACGAGAGCAAGACUGGAAGGGAGACCACCUACUACGGAGAUUUCGGCCCGGAAAUGUACCAUGACGAUGGCUACAUGUACGACUACGAUCCAGUUCCCGCACCGUUUGCGGAGCCGGUGACUCGUCGCGCUAUGACCCCACCGCCACGCGCGCCUCCGAGAUUCCAAGGAGCAAGCAGGCAUAUGGCAUCGGGUUCGGUCAGCGGCUUCAGUGAACGUUUUGGAUCCCCGGGUCCUCGGGCCUUUUCUUCUGCCUCUAACCGGAUGCCUGGUCCUCGCGCACCACGCAAGCCCGCUCCGCCUCCCGCUCCCCUUCAGAUUCUGCCCACCCCACACAUGUUAAACGAUGAUUCUAUCCUGGGAGCCAUUGAUUAUGCACCCGGAAAGAGCUUCAGAGACCAGAGGGAUGGUCGGCCGGAGACCCCCCUAGGUGGGUUGCGGCCCUUCAGUCCCGGUAUGCGAGCUCACACUCCGCUUGUCUCUGCGUUCAAUGAGCUCUCGGCAAUGCCAAGCCCACACGCAUUGCGCAAAUCGGGAACGUACGACAAUUUGGACUUUGCUCCUCCGCCUCGCUUCAAGAAUACAGAGACUGCAAGUGACGCCGGCAGCAUCCACAGCAACCGGACUGGGGUUUCAUCCACCCAUUUGCAUAAUAUUCGCACUGGUGCGUACCGUGUCAGCCGCCUACCCGCGGAUACUGUAGGUACGAAGGAUGACUUGAGGUCGAACCUUCGUCCGACCUGGGACUUGCGGCAGUAA